CAGAAGAUCAAAGGCAGGCACCACCAUGGUAAAGUUUCUGCUGCUGACUUUGGCAUUUGGUCUGGCUCAUGCUUAUACUGAGCUUGAAGGAGCGUGGUUUACUACUGCCAUUGCUGCUGACAAUGUGGACACCAUAGAGGAAGAAGGACCCAUGAGACUCUACGUUCGUGAACUUACUUGUAGUGAAGCAUGUAAUGAAAUGGACGUCACAUUUUAUGUCAAUGCAAAUGGCCAAUGUUCAGAAACCACAGUCACUGGGUAUAGGCAAGAAGAUGGCAAGUACAGAACCCAGUUUGAAGGUGACAACAGAUUUGAACCUGUGUAUGCAACAUCAGAGAACAUAGUCUUUACCAAUAAGAAUGUGGAUAGAACUGGCCGGACAACAAACCAGAUUUUUGUUGUUGGAAAAGGUCAACCUUUGACACCUGAACAAUAUGAAAAACUUGAGGAAUUUGCUAAGCAACAGAACAUUCCAAAAGAAAACAUUCGACAAGUUCUGGACGCAGAUACUUGUCCUAAAUAAUGACCUUCUGUAGAUGACAGAAGGAAUAGAAUUAUGCAUUAUAUCCUCUUGACUAUGGAAUCAGUAUCAUAUAUAGAUCAUCAUUUCCUUUUAAAUGAAUUGUCUUCUAUCCUGUGAAGUCAGAACACCAUAUACUAAAUUCCUGACUUGCCUUUCCAUUCUCUUCUUACGAUGUAUGAACUCUUCUUAUUUUGUGAAUGAUUAAAUAAAGUGUUUCAAGAAGCAAUAAAGA